AGUCCAUCAUUUAGCCUCAAAGAGCCAAUACCACCUCGUGCCACGUCUUAACUGUGCGAAAACCAUGUGGUACUCAACUGGGAACAACCAUCGAAUGGCUCUGAUCAGUCAGGGCUACAAAAUCCUGGCCGAGUACCGGCUGGUACAGGACCAAUUAAAAAACAUCUACGCCAUUCCCAGUUAUGCCAGUGGACUGCACUGGUUUGGAGUGAUAUUCGUGCACAGUGGAAUCUAUGCGGGGAGCAUGUUUCGCUUCUCGAUCUUGUUGCCGGAAAACUUUCCCGAUGACACCAUCCUGCCCACGGUGAUCUUCAAUGCGGCGGUCUUUCAUCCGCACAUCUGUCCGCACUCGAAGAGUCUGGACCUGGGACCCUGCUUCAAGGAGUGGUGUAAGGACCAACACCACAUUUGGCACUUACUUCGGUACAUUCAGGCCGUUUUCGCCGAUCCCGAGGGCAGUAUCUGCACUGGUAAGUCUCCAUCCGGCGACCUCGUAGUCCUCGAUGAGGCGAACAACAUGGAGGCCCUCAACAUGCUGGCCAAGAGCCGGCCGGAUUUCAUAAAACGGAUCCAGGAACUGGCCAUAUCCUCUCGUAGGCACAUGUACGACAAGCCCAUGAUCGACGAUCCCCACUAUAUAAUUGUGGAACCGUACUGUGCCGAGCGGCAUCUGAAGUUCAUGGAGCAGCUGAAGAGUCCCAGCUGGCGGGAGGCCACUUGCGAGGACGAUUGUCCGCCGGCUAAGCUCCUGGGUCACAUUGAUUCCUCCAGGCAGCUGGACGAGGAUGAGGCCAAUCAGAGGGAAAAGCUUGAAGCUGAAACUACGCCGGAUCUCCAGCAUGAGCCUAGGUGUUCGGUGGCACAGUAAAUCAAAGUCGAAACAUGACCUUAAAAUACUAAAUAAAUGUAUUCAAUAGUAA